UAGAUCCUUAAAAAAAUUUUUCUAUUAAAAGUUUAAGACAAAUACUCACGGUUAAAAAAUUUGUUCAAUUAAAAUCGUGUAUGACAUUUAUACGAAUUCAGUACGUGUACUUAUUUAAAGUUAACUUGAAGUCAGAGAAUAUAAAAACUUAUGUACGAAAUAAUGUUUAAUGGCUGCACUUAGCAUCCGAAGAAUAAUUAAACGGUAUUGGGCAGUAAUAUUUUUUCCUACAUUCACUGCAGUUACCAUUUAUGCAGAUUGGAAUCAUACUAGAUUGUGGAAGAAACAGUUAGCUGAACAAGAAUUGCAAUUAAAGAACUAAAA